AUGACGCAAACCCAGCUCCCUCCGUGUAUCGUUCAUGCCUUCCGACAGCUCAAAAUCCCUACCGAAGGAUUAGUCCAGGUCUCGCCCCAGAAGGUGACCGAUACCAGUCAAGGUCUGAGUUAUUUUGUCAAGACGACAAGCUCGGCUGAUGGUGUGAAAAGAUUCAGGGAAAGUCUCAAGUAUCGCUACCUCUAUGAGUCACUCCGAGCACUUCGAGCUUCAGCGCCUGGUUUUGUACCAAAACCUCUGGGCAUUUUCAACGAUGAGGGCAAAACUGUAAUGAUUUCCGAAUGUUUUGAUCUAUCGCAUAUGGAAUCUUGCCUGGAGCCCUCCCUUGCUCGUGAAGUAGCCAACAUGCAUGACCCUAUUCGAGCCUCUUCUCUAUCACCAAAUGGAAUGUACGGAUUCGAUGUCCCGACGUAUUGCGGUGAAACCGAGCAGGAUAACACGUGGGCAGGUGAUUGGAUGGUGUUUUUCAGAGAUCGGCGAAUCAAGAGUUUGGUGGACCGAAUCGAAGACGAAGAAAUAGCCACAUUAGGGAAGACCAUGUGUGAUCAGGUGAUUCCAUUUCUCCUCACUGAUUUCGCUCCAGCUCCGGUACCGGUAAUCAUCCAUGGUGACCUAUGGGCAGGAAAUAUAUCUGUGAGUCGGAAGAACGGCCUACCGGUCUUGUUUGACCCUUCAAGCUAUUACGGACAUAACGAAGUCGAAUUGGGUAUCAUGAAAAUGUUCGGAGGCAGGUCCGACGCGUUUUUUGAAGAGUACUAUAAGCACCGACCCAAAAGCCAGCCUCACCAUGAUGAGCGAAUCAGGUUAUACGAGCUCUACCAUCACUUAAACCAUACAUUGAUAUUUGGCGGAAGCUACCGGUCCGGGGCCAUCAGAAUUAUGAACGAGCUCAUUGAAUUUGUGAAGAAGAAUAGUCAAGGCUGA